CCAUCAUUAACGCUCAAAAUUCACAACAAUUAUAUCGACCAAAACUCAUAACUUCAUUCUCCAAUCCAUUCCCAUUCAAAAAUAUUUAUUCGGAAUCACCAAUGGAUCAGUCAACAUUUUUUCACACUCCUCAAAACGACGAUCCGAUUCCAUUACCAAGCAACUCCAAAAAUAACAGAUCUAAAUCAAAUACGUUCUCAUCAUUCUCAUCAAUAUUUUCGAAUUCGCGACCCAAUAAUUUGUUUAAACGUCGUUCAGAAGUUUAUGAAGAAACAGAUGAAUUUACCAAUGGAUGUUUUGGUUUCAUGAGCACUUUAGGAUCAAAAAUAAAGUAUAAAUUACAUAAUAAUUGGAUAUUCGUUAAAACGAAAUGUAAAAAAUGUAAAACGAAGAGAAGAAGAUCAAUCAAUGACGAAU